AACGUUUCACCGAUUUCACCUCUGUUUAGUCAUCUGGUCUGGUCUAUUAGUCACAGAUUCAGUCAACUGGUUUACAUUUAGUGAACGUAAAUUUGCGUUGAGAUAUGUAAAAUAUAUAUUUCUGAUUAAAAAUGAGUCUCUCUCUCGUGGCGUACGACAACAGUGAUGAAGACUCCGAAAAUGAGGAGAAUGAAUCUGCCAGCACGAUUAUUGCGAGCAAGGCGGAUGACAAGGCGAUAGAAACUGUAACUGUGCAAACAGACUCGAAGUUGUUAUUAUCUGCUCCAGAAGCAAUUUCACAUGGUACAAACGACAGGGAGGAGGAGGAGAAAGAAAGUAACAAUACAAAAGACUUUAAGGAUUUCCUCACUGUACUGCCAAAACCCAAAAGCUUCAAUUGUAUGGAAAAUAUCGAAGAGAGUGAUGAUAUUUUAUUGAAGAAAGAAAGAAAGUAUCAAUCUGCAAAGCCAGCAAAAAAGCAAACAAUAAAGAUAACAGUGCCUUCUUUAUCAGAAUUUAAGGAUAUCGAAGAGGAAAGCGAGAAGGAGGAGAAGCCAACUAGAAUUGUACAACCAUCACAGAAAGGAUGUGGACUCUUUGCCCUCUUGGUACCACCAAAGAAAGAUAUUAAGAUAAAUAAUACACUUCUGAUACCCCAAACUGUUAAGAAUGCAGCAGCAAAAACCAAUGUUCAGCAAGCAAAUGUAUCGGUAGAAGCCGGUAGAAGCCAGAAAAAUAAUCUUAAAACAAGAAAGUUAAUUGCAGAUAAAUCGCAUAACGAAUUUUCCGAUGAUGAAGAAGAUACAGCAAUGGAUUUCUUCGGGCUAACUGUGAGCAAAAGUACACUGGAUGAUUCUACAGUAGAAUUGUUCGACUCGAAUAUUGAAGAAACUCCAUUCGUCAAGCAUACAGAAGAUAGACUACAGAGUUCAUCUUUUAGUAAUCUGAAUGUAUUAAUGAGUGACGAGUUGGAUAAUUCGAGUAAAACGUUAACUAGUAAUGUUAUGAACUUACCCAAAGAAGAGAUAUUAUUGAAAAACAAAGCAGAAGUUGGUCCAAAGUUACCUGUUCCUGAGCAAGAAUACAACGUCGAUAUGGAAGGUAACAUAGCCUUCGAUGAAAAGGCGAUUGAAUAUCUGUGCGGAAAGCGAGGCGUGAAGCGCAAGGAUAAAGAGAUUGACGAGGUGAAUAUAAUCGAGAUUAACGGGGAAGAUAUAAAACCAGACGAAAGAGAGUGGUUGGUAAAGGCACUGACGGAGGAGCCUGUACAGAGACCGGUAUCCAUGCAGAGUUGCGGAAUCAAUUCUCAAUCCAAGAAGAAACAUCAGAUAACGUAUCUGGCGCAUCAAGCUAAAGCAAUGGAGCUAGAACUGAAGAACCAAUGGUCUCAGAAUAGAAUGACACGGAAACAAACGAAAUCGAAAUACGGUUUCUAAAAUCAUCGCACAACUUUGGAUAAUUUAAUGCAUUAUGCCGUCUGAUGCGUUUACGUUUAACCGUCAGAAGUAUCUUUGUGAUUUUACCAUUUUGUUCGUUUAGAUGAUUAAUCGCGCGGUUCUAACGACUUUGUAUGAUCGUAGAGAACCAAAAAAUCGUAUAUAGAGAUCUUUGUAAAUUCUUUUAUUUUAAAUAUACAGUUUAUUAACAAUA